UUAAAUGUAACGUAUCGAAGAGAAAAUUUUAUCAUCGUCGAGCUCGACUUCGUAACAUCGCGUUAGUUUAUAGUGAUCGAACCCGAAUCGUUUAUAUUUUUUCAUUCGUAUGAUAUUUAUGUUGGUCGUUCGGUGACUUCUUUCGAACUUUUCGGCAUAUUUAAGAAAUAUACUACUCAUAAUUUGCCAUCUAUUGGCGAUACGUUUGAAGUAAGAAUAAAUGUUUUUGCUUCUUGUUUGUCGAUGGUCAUUGAAAUGAAAACAGCUGAUUGUUUCAUUUUGACGUUGUUCAGUGGAAAUAAAAAUAUAAAUAGGCACUGCCGCGAGUCCGUGAAUACCCCAAAUCGUUAUGAUAGACACUUGUCAAUGUACUCUGUAAGCUACACCGUCAACGAUUAUUCUGCGUAAUAUUAUAAACAUAAUAUUGUCUUCUAAGUACAUAAAUUAGUUAUUUGCAAAUUAUGGCCAGUACAGUUAGUAACACUGGUAAUGGUUAUACUUUCAAAGUAGUUUUGCUCGGCGAAGGAUGUGUCGGGAAAACUUCUGUUGCAUUGCGGUAUGUGGAGGACAAAUUUAAUGACAGACAUAUCAGCACAUUACAGGCUUCGUUUUUAAAUAAAAAAUUGACUAUAAAUGGAAAGAAAGUAAAUUUGUCGAUAUGGGACACAGCUGGCCAAGAAAAGUUUCACGCUCUUGGACCAAUCUAUUAUAGAAUGUCCAACGGUGCCAUUUUAGUUUACGAUAUCACAGACGAAGAUACGUUUCAGAAGGUAAAAAGUUGGGUUAAGGAGCUCAAGAAAAUGCUAGGUAGCGAAAUUUGUUUAGCGAUAGCAGGAAAUAAGGUAGAUUUAGAGAAGGAUAGGAGCGUCUCUAUAGAAGAAGCUGAAGAGUAUGCUAAUCAAGUCGGAGCUAUGCACUUUCAUACUUCCGCUAAGUUGAACCAAAAUAUAGAAGAAAUGUUUUUGAAUUUAACGCAACAGAUGAUACAGCAUGUGGACGAGGCAGAACAAAAGUCUACGUUAACGAGGACGAAUAGUACACGUCGCAACGUAGUUGUAGUCGAGGACGAGGCUGAGGAAACGGAACCAGUGAAAACUUCCUGCUGUGGUGGUUCUUCGCAAGCAUCUUAAUUUUAGAUGCCCGAUAUGGUUCUAAUUACGAACAAAUCGUAUAUAUAAAUGUAUAUAUAUAAAAAAAAAUAUAUCUGAAAAAAUUUGUUCAAAAAUUGCAUCGGCGUAAUGCAAGAAAAUGUACGGCAUUUUAGUGCAGAACCAAAUAUAUUUUUUGUUUAUAUUUUAUAGUAUAAGUGAACAGUAAAUAUUGUUAUUUUAUAUUUAUAAAAGUUUUACAUAUUACGACUGUUUUCUUUCUUCGAUAUUAUUUUAUCGCAUCAAAUAAACUAAUAAUGGGUAGAUGUUUAACACGAUGAUUCGGUGUUAUGGUACGAACAAAAAAUUUGUAACAUUUUGUAACUAUUGUUACGGAGGGUUUAAGUUUGAUCAGGAAAAGUGAAGGUCUGUAGGCGAAGAUUACAUGAACGAACCAGGGUCUGGUAUCCCUAAGAGCCAUGAAGUCAAAGAUUUAAAGAAUCGGUAUAUGCCUAACUCAGAGAGCCAUAUAGGUUUUAGGAAAUUGUCGAACCUUAAUGAUGUAUCAAUUGGUAAGACACUCGUAGUCUUACUGCUAAUAUGUUUCAGGGUUGCUUUUAAACGAAUAAAGCCAAGUUUAUCAAAAUACUUGAAUAUAUUCUGUAUAUUGCUUAAGUACAGUCGCUAUGUGCAAAGGACUAAAUACUGUCGCAAAAAAAUGCCUUAACGGCAAGAGUUUCUAUUCUGAUAGGCAGCUAGACACUGGCGUACUUAAAAACCACUAAGGUGUACGGUGAUGUUGCUUGAAAGGGAAUUUCCAGACAACGUAACAUCUCAAAACGCACCCAGUGGUGGGAGAUUACGCUAUGUGCAAAGGACUAAAUACUGUUGCUAAAAAAUGCCUUAACGGCAAGAGUUUCUAUUCUGAUAGGCAGCUAGAUACUGGCG